AUGUUGCUUGCUUCUGUCAUUCAAGGUCCCUACGUUUUACUGUAUUUGUCACAUUUUGCUGUAUUUGUGGACCAGGGUACCGUACCAGGGAUGGUUACUUCACCUGACUUUGAUGAAGACCUCGAAGCUUCGUAUGCCCUCUAUUCCCUCCACCAUCGGCGAUUAAAGGGUUUGAUUGGGGUAAGUGCUACCUCUGACGGUCUCCGAUUUAUUAUCUGCUUCCGCCUCCAGCGACACUGGCUUCGCCACAGCGUCCGCCAUCAAUACUGUUCCCACCUGACUCCUCCAACUGGUGCUCCCAUUCAUCGACCCCACUUUCUCAUCGCCGAUUGUGGGUGCAGCGCUGGAGACAGUUUGGUUUCCCUAAAACUUCUUAUUUUAUGCCAUAUAUCAACCUUGAAGCCCAAGAUGAUUUCUAUAGAAAAAUCAAAGGUUGGUGGGUCUCAUAAGAAAGUUGAUUAUUGGGGGCAUAAUGGGUAUAAUAAAUUGCUUCCUGUUGAAGCUCCUAUUGCAAAGCCUAUUGUUAUGCUAUCAAAGCCUAAUUCAGCAAAAGAUAGUACAUAUGCAGGUGAUGAUUAUUUGAAAGAUCUUCUUGCAAACAAGGCCAAAUUACAUAAAAACCACUUUAUUCACCGUAUCAUUUUAGGCCAACAUAGAUUGCUCUCUAAAGCUUCAUAA